AAGUCAACCUCAAAAAUGGAAAUGGAAAAGGUGAAGCUUUUGGGGACAUGGCCUAGCCCAAUUGUUAAAAGGGUUGUUUGGGCACUAAAGUUGAAAGGCAUAGAGUACGAAAUUACAUAUGAAGAUCAUGCCAAUAAGAGUCCUCAACUCUUGAAGUACAACCCUGUUUACAAGAAGGCGCCGGUACUAGUGCACAAUGAAAUACCCAUUUGCGACUCGCUUGUGAUUCUAGAGUACAUCGAUGAGACAUGGAAGGACGUGAGUCCUUUCUUACCUCAAGAUCCUCUUCUCAGAGCCAAUGAACGUUUCUGGGCAAAAUACGGCGAUGAGCAGGUUUUACCAGCAGUCUAUGGCUAUUUUAGGAAGCAAGGGAAGGAUCAAGAGGAAGCUAGAGAAACAACGUUGGCGCAUCUAAAACGCGUAGAACAACUGCUAAAUGAAAAUAACUUCUUGAGUGGAGAGCGCGUUGGAUUCUUGGAUCUUGCUUUCGGGUGGCUUGCUGAUUAUUCUCGUCCCUUAGAAGUGGUAAGUGGUGUGAAACUCCUUGAUGAAGAUUCAUUUCCAAAACUAUGCGCAUGGAGGGAUAGAUUCCUUGAGAUCCCUGCAGUUCAUGAAAGCUGGCCUGAUCAAGAGACCCUAAUAGCCAGAUUUCAAAAAAGCAAACAAACUCUGUUCGGCUAACUUUCUACAACCAAACAUGUUUGUUUUAUGGUGUCAAAUGUGUCGCUAUUCGCUAAUAUAUACACAUUCGUCGUGUAUGUUAAAUAAAUGGAACAUCCAUAUGUUUCGCCGUAUGUAUGAGUUGCAAGAUUUAUGUAAUCCAAAACCUUUAUGUAA